CUGUCGCCCACGCCUUCCCCCGCGCCGCCCCCUCUGCAUGGCACAAACUUUCCUCCCGGGACGGAACACGCUGUCUCCGGGAGCCCCUGCGCGCGCCCUCUCGCCGGCUGGCCCCGAGCGCUGCUGAGAUGGGGUGCAGGUUGAACAAGUUGGAGAAACGUGACGACCGACGGCCUGGAAAUAUCUACUCGACGUUGAAGAGGCCCCAGGUGGAGACCAAGAUAGAUGUGUCCUAUGAGUACCGCUUCCUGGAGUUCACCACGCUGAGUGCCGCUGAGCUCCCGCGGGCCUCGGCCGUGAGGCUGGCCUCCCUCCGCGACCUGCCCACCCAGCUGCUGGAGCUGUACCAGCAGGGCUUUUCGCUGGCGGCCCUGCACCCCUUUGUGCAGCCGACCUCUGAGCGGGAGAAGACGCCCCUCGAGCACAUCUUCAGGGCCAUCUUGAUCAAGAAGACCGACAGAUCUCAGAACGCUGAUCUUCACAAUGAAGGCUACAUCUUGGAGUUAGAUUGCUGUUCUUCCCUAGACCACCUGACGGACCAAAAAAUCCUCCCAGAGUUCAUUAAGAAGAUCCAGGAGGCUGCGAGUCGGGGCCUGAAGUUCGUCGGGGUCGUGCCUCAGUACCGCUGCCCCGGGAGCCCUGUGGGCGGCUGCCCCCCAGCAGAUGACCAGGAUGAGACACAGGAGCCUGGCCGUCAUGGGGCUGCGGAGGAGCCGGGGGCUGCAGAUGCUGCCGCGGGGACGGACGGAAGCCCGGAGCCCGGCCAGGGCCCAAGAUGGGGGACGCCCGCCGCCCAGCAGCCCGGCUCGUCCCCGGGCGAGGGGGAUGGCGCAGAGUCUCCUGCUCGGGGGACUCCGGAGGGACCAGAUGCUGACCCGCUGUCGGAAGGGCCUGGAGAGCCGCUCACAGCCAAAAUGGAGAUCUUCGCCCUUUUCAACAAACCGAAGAGCCCUCAGAAGCGCCGGCAAUAUUACCCUGUCACCGUUCCUCUCCGGGUCUCCAAGAACGGCCCGACGGUCAGCGGUCUGGACGCCAACUGGCUGGAGCACAUGAGCGACCACUUCCGGAAGGGCGGCGUCCUGGUGAACGCGGUCUCCUCGCUUGGCUUGGUCCACGAUUCCUUGCACGACUUGACAGAUGGAGUGUUCAUCUUUGAAGCUGGUUCCACAGAAGACAGCAGAGCCACGCAGGGCUACGACGCUAUUGUAGUCGAACAGUGGACGGUUCUGGACGGUGUGGAGGUGCAGACGGACUACGUGCCCCUGCUGAACUCGCUGGCCGCCUACGGUUGGCAGCUCACCUGUGUGCUGCCCACUCCCGUCGUCAGGACAACCAGGGAGGGGACCGUGUCCACCAAGCAGGUUGUCUUUCUCCAGAGGCCGUGUCUGCCUCAGAAGGUCAAGAAGAAGGAAUCGAAGUUUCAGUGGCGAUUCUCCCGAGACGAGAUGCGUAACAGGCCGGCGAGGAAAUCCAGAGGGAAACUCCGUGCCAGGAGCAAGCGGCAAGCCGAAGAAAGCGAGAAGAACCCAGAAGACCAGCUUCCCAGAGCGGGAGACGCGGAGGGCCGUGUGCCCGGGCAGGAGGACUGGGCCUCCGCCGAGGGCGCGGCCCCCAGCCAGGCGGAGGGCCCUGCGGAGAAGCCGCGUCCGGAUGGCCAGCCGCGUGUGGAGGGCGAGGCUGUGCAGAAUGGCCCCUUGGGCCCCAGCCCGGCCCCGGCGGGGGGCAGCGUGGGGCUCCCCGGCCCCGAGCCUGGAGAGGAUGUGGGCGCGGGGGCUUCCGCGGGGGUGGCUCCGGGGCCCGCGGCAGCUGAGCGCCCUUGAGCCUCACUGCGCGGGCGGGCUGGGGGCUUGUGCGCCCUGGCGUGGCGCGUUGCCUUUGGCUUGGCUUGACCCCUCCUGGUGAGCUUAAUGAGUCCUCCAAGGAGGGCCGGGUCCCCGGCAGUGCUGGUUUCUGCACAUCCUUUUGAAAUGUGUUCUGGGCCCCAGUGCUAAAACCCACGAGGGCGGGUCGUUCCUAGACCUCGGGGAUGGGAGUCCAGUGCCGACCCUACCGCUCCUGGGAGGGGCUGAGCCACCCAGGGCCUGUGCCCACCCAGGGCCUCCAGGGGGCCCUCAGGCCAAACCCCCGGGGCAAGCCUGGCUGCCAGUCAAGGCGGACGUGGUCGUCGCCCCCCACCCCGCCCCGAGACACGGAGGCCUAGCCCCUGCUGUUGCUGCAGCUGCUGGGUUCUUGUAACACGCCCUCGAGCCCGUCCCCUGCUUUUCUCUAGCCCCUGGACCCUGCUGCUGUGGCGAAGAACACGACAUCGGGAGGGGAGGUGCCCCACCUCCUGGCUUUUCUCCAAGUGUUCCCAUAGAUACUGGUGAUCUGGAAAUGCAGAGGGGAUUCUGUGCGUGUACCCACUUCUGCAGAAUGUCCACGAAAGUAUUCUGUGUCAGUAUUAUUGCCCGCCCCCCCCCAAAAAAAAACAUUUAAGGUUUUGUAUUCAGCACAUCCUAGGAACACACCUUCUUUCUGUUAUUUCAGGGCCAGCUGACUGGUGGGGAGCCUCUGUUGUGUGUUACUUUAAUCAGUGUGUCCUUGGCCAAGUCGCUUCCCACGUGUGUUAUGACGUGUUUAUGUCGUCCAGAAAAUUCUGUGGAGGCUUUAAGUAGAUGCAGCUGCAAAGCCUGGAGAGUGCCGGCCGCCGUGACCAGCAGCCGGUCUCUCCUCUUUCUUGUUUAGUUACUUAAAGCAAUAAAUCGCCUAUGAGUUCAGUGUAUUGCGAGC